GUUGUUAGAUCUCUAUGGUGUAUUCUUUGGUACUUUGGUAGAAUUAUCAAUUAAUUAAUAAUAAAUAAAAUAUAACAUUGUAAAUAUUUUAUUAUUAAUAAAACAAAAUUUAUAAACAUGAUUCCAGUAUUAAAUACCAUUUUAGAUUCAGUUGUGGAUACAAUUGCCCCACCAACUCCAGCAUUUGAAAAUUUUAUUUAUCACUGGGAAAAAUUUAUGAUUAAUUACUUGGAGUGGACAACAGAUGGACAAUUUUCUCAAACUCGGAUAGAAGAAACCAAUGUACCUGGCCAUCUAGAAAUUGUACAACAGAUAUUAUUAUGUGAAGACAAGAAUGAAGAAACUGCUACUAACUUGUGCAUGGAAUAUGUAUUGAAAAACGAUCUAUUUAAUAUGUUAGCAGUUAUAGCAGAAAAAGAAAAAUUAAUUGGUAUUAGGAUAUUAGUAUUAAAAUACAUGACAAAUCUCAUUAGUCAAUUAAAAAAUCCAGUAUUAGCACAUCAGUCUUUUUUUGUUACUAUUCAAAGGCUAAUUAAUUUAUGCGACAGUGAUUUGUAUAAUAAACAGCAACAAGAUCAGAUUCACUUUUUAUACAUGCUGUGUACACUGUUAAACAACCAACAAAAUGUUUCAAUUAUGUUUUUUUCAUAUGAAUCCAAUAUGUAUCAUUUAGAAGAAGCAAAGGCACUGACAGAAUUAAGUACAUUUAAUAGAUUAAAUUUAUUGGAUUGUGUAUUGACAUACAUCAAUACUAAGAAUACAGAUGUAUAUUACAAAUGUUGUAACUGUAUAUUGUUGUUGACUAAACUAAAUGAUGAAAAUGUGAUAGACUUCAUAAUUAAUAAAACUAAAUUAUGUUCAUUAUUAAGCGAACAUUUUAGAAAUCUGUUUUGUGCAUUACCUAUUAUAUUGGAUUACAAUGGACUAGAAACAAUUGAAUUAAAUUGGAGGGACGAUUACAAUGCCACUUAUUCAAAUGAUGUCACUAAAUUUUUUUGUUGGUUAAAUUUUAUUAUUGAGGUAAUUAAAGAUGGCCAAUUAAAAAUAUCUUAUUCACUGUGUGAAUCAUUAAGAUUAUUGUUUUUUAAUAAAUUAUUUGAUACUUCAGACCAAAUAUUGUCUUCUCAUGUUUUUUUGUUAAAAAAAAUCUACAAAGCAGCAGAUCAUACACCUUUAAGUUAUACAAUAAAUUAUUGGUUACGGUCAGAACUUGAUAAUUCUUAUUACAAUAAGCAAACACCAAUAGACAUUUUAAUAAAAUUGUCUUCCACUACAGAUGAUAUUUUUGUUUUUAAUGUUCUCAAUUUUUUUAUAGAUGUAUUACAUAAUUCAGAUAAAGAAAUUUUGGAUUUUAUAAUUUUACGAUUUAUCAAUAAUAGAAACUAUUAUGAAGGUUGUACAUCAGGAACAUGGAGUGAUGAAGAAGAUGAAAGAGAAAAAAAAAUACUGUCAAAUGAAAAUAAUAUUAAUACUAGUCGAACUCUUGCACCUUCAAGUAUUGAUAGAAUAAUUAACCGGUUACUAGCAUUGAUUCCUCAAAACUUACAAUCAGACCAAUUACAUACAUUUAAAGAUCAUAUAACAGAUGUGAAGAAUAUGUACGAGGAUAUUUUUGAUAAAUGUACAAAAUUUGAAUGGCCUACAGAAGCAUUAAAUUCAGUUAAAUUAAAUGAUUUCAAUGAAGGGCCAUUUUUAAGAAUGAUUUUUAAAAAAAUCAGCGACAUUCCAAAUCAAAAUUCUUCAACCACUUUGCAGUUAAAAAUUAUUUUAAUAUUUUUAAGUUCUUUACCUCACCCAUAUCUACAUGAAUACUUGCUAAAUUCAACAUUACCAUUAAAACAUAAUGUACCAUCAUUAUACAUGAUAUUGUACCAUGUACUUAAAGAACUGCAUAAAAAGAUAUUAACAUUUCCAAAUUAUAAUGAAGAAUUGAUUCAAGCAAGAAAACGCGUUUUAAAUAAUUCUUCAAUCAAACUAUUAAAAGAAAAACAUUUUGAAGUAAUAAUUUUUAACAAUGCAGUCAUUUUGGAAGAAUUGUGUAAAGAAUUGGUAGCUGUACUGUUUGUGAAGUAUCAUCAUUCAAAUUUGGCUGAAUGAAAAUAAAAUAAUCUCUUUAAAUUUAUUAUACAGUAUAAUAAAUCUAUAAUUCAACAUAUACUUAGAAUAAACCCUAGUUUUACGGUACCCUUUGUUCUAAUUAUUUUUAUUAUUAAAAUGUUAUUGAUGAUAUAUAUUAAACUUGCUACAUUAUCAUUUUAUACUUCAUUUUUUGCUAGUAUUGUAUAAUGAUGUAAAAAUAUAUUUGUAAUGAAAUACAUAUUUAUUUUGUUCACCGAUAGUAUAUAUUAUGAUGUUAUAUGUUGAUCCACGAUACUAUUGUUAUUGUAAAUCAUGUGUAAGAAAAUAAGUCAAUAAAAUAAAGUUUUUACCAUUAGAGGAAAAAACUAACUGAAUUUUAUGCUAUAACUUUCAAAAAUAUUUAAGUUUAAUUAUCUUUUCUGCAAAAUAUGUGCAUAAAGUAUUUAAUCUUGUUUAAAUUAUCAUUGUUUUUAUCUUUAUUUUGACACAUUCAGACUGUUUAAAGCUAAUUUUGUACAUCACUGAUAUUUCAUAUAUAAUUUUAAUAAUUAGUUUCUUACCUAACGUAUUAUGCAAUCCAAUGCAAUUAGAUUAUUUAUUUAAGUUAAUAUAUUUUUAAACAUUACAAAUUUUAAUUUUAAAAAUGGAUUUUUUUCUCUUAUACUUUAUUUUUGAGAAAUAUUCCUUGAGACUUAUUAUGUUCCCUUUCAUUGGUAAUGAUGAUUUAACUAGAGUGAGUACAACAUAUAUAUUUUACAAUAGUAGACAGUACAAGUAGAAAUAAAUUAUAAAAUAUUGUCAUAUUAGUAUUUUACAAUUGAAAUACUGUUAGAGUAAUCGAAAGUUGAUUGUUGUAAUAAAGUUGUUAUAGAAACAAUA